GCGGUCGCGGAUGCCUGUGCCCCGCGGAGGGGGUCCGAGGGCGGGGCGGUGGUGGCUCCGCGGGCCGGGGCGAGGGGAGAUCGGUUCCGCCGCCCCCUGGGCGCCCCUUGCCGUCUGCCCAGCCGGCCCGGAAAGCUGUACUCUCAUCCCCUUCUCCCUCCCGCCACCAUGUUCAAGAAGCUGAAGCAGAAGAUUAGCGAGGAGCAGGUGCUGCCGCGCGGAGCGGGUGGACGUGCGAGCCCCCUCCCACCGCAGGUCCCUUCCAGAUCCCCUCCAUCAACUGGCAACAGAAUCAGGACAACUUCGUUUACAGAUCAGAAUCAUGAAGGUACUUUAACACCAGACAAAGAGCUAUUAGCCGGGAUGAUAGCAGAACCUGCUUUUCUCUCUGAGUAUACUAUCUUUGCUUUGGAUCCCACCAAACAGCCUAAGCCACAGAGUGACGGUGUGAACUUGAAUAAACAAUCACUUCCUGGAUCCACAGAAAACAAUGGAAGUGAACCUGUUUCUCCACAGCAAAGUGACAGUCAGUCUUUUGCCCAGAGGCUUCAGCUUCGAGUUCCCUCCAUGGAGUCUUUGUUUCGAAGCCCAGUAAAAGAGACCCUAUUUCGCUCUUCUUCUAAAGAGUCCCUAGUCCGGAGUUCUUCAAGAGACUCACUGAAUCGACUAGACUUGGAAGCCCUUAGUCCCACCUUUGAUUCACCUUCUGACAUUGAAAGUGAAACUGAAGAGCCUCUGGGAAAUAUGGACACCUUCAGCAAAGAGCAGUUGCUGCAGCGUCUGCAUAGAAUGGAGCGCAGUUUAGGCAACUACAGGGGAAAAUACUCAGAGCUAGUGUCUGCUUAUCAAGUUAUCCAUCGGGAAAAGAAGAAGCUACAGAGCAUUCUGAGUCAAAGCCAGGAUAAAGCACUUCGCAGAAUUGGAGAACUGAGAGAGGAACUACAGAUGGAUCAACAAGCUAAGAAACAUCUCCAAGAGGAAUUUGAUGCUUCCUUAGAAGAAAAGGAUCAACUUAUUAAUGUUCUGCAAACUCAGGUGUCGUUGCUGAAACAGAGAUUACAGAAUGGUCAGAUAGGCACUGAAUUGCCUGAUCAAAAUGUCCAAACAGAACCACAAGUUCAAAGUCCAACGGAAGAAGUCAGUGCAGAAGAUACUGUGGAACCAGGAAGCAAUGAGAGUAAUGAAGAUUCUGUUAAAACACUGGAAACUCUUAAUCUGAGGGUGAAGCGCCAAGAGAACUUGCUGCAGCGUUGUAAGGAGACUAUUCGGUCACAUAAGGAGUGCUGUGUCCAGUUAACCAACGAGAAAGAGGCACUUCAAGAACAGCUGGAAGAGAGGCUUCAGGAGCUGGAAAAAAUGAAGGACCUUCACAUGGCUGAGAAGACUAAACUGAUUACACAGCUACGUGAUGCAAAGAAUUUGAUUGAACAGCUAGAACAAGACAAGGGCAUGGUAAUUGCAGAGACAAAGCGGCAAAUGCAUGAAACAUUGGAAAUGAAGGAGGAGGAGGUAGCCCAACUGCGUGCCCGAAUCAAACAAAUAACUACAAAAGGCGAGGAAUUAAAAGAGCAGAAAGAAAAAUCUGAAAAAACUGCUUUUGAAGAGCUUGAGAAGGCUGUAAGUAUUGCCCAAAAGACAGAGGAAGCCCGGAAAAAACUGCAAACAGAAAUGGAGGAAAAAAUUAAAGCAGUAGAAAAGGCAAGUGAAGAAGAGAGAGUAAAUCUUCAGCGGGAAUUAACCAGAGCGAAACAAGAGGUGGUUGAGAUUAUGAAGAAAUCUUCAGAGGAACGAGUUGCUGAACUAGAAAAAAUCCAUAAAAAAGAACUGGCUACCAAAGAUCAGGAGUUAAAUGAGAAAUUACAGGCUCAAGAAAAGGUAUUCCAGGAGAAGAUGAAGGCAGCUCUUGUAAGUAAACCUAAAAUUUGUGUUGGCACUUUCUUUGAAAGUAGAAUUCUUGAACUGGAAAGCUCUCUUGCAAAGUAUUUGCAAGAUGACAGAAGGCAGUCAGAGGAAUUAAAUACUCUCAUAGAGUCUGAAAAAACCCAGCACAGUAAGGAAAUCAGUGAUAUGGUUGAAAAACACAAUAAAGAACUGGAGAAUGUGAAACAGCAGCAAGAAAAGCUUUGGACAGAAAAACUUGAAAUUUUAAAGCAACAACAAAUAACUGAAAUAGAAAAAAUAAGAGAGAAACAACAACAAGAGAUACAAACCAUUUUGAAAGAGAAAGAAACAAUUUUCUGUGCACACAUAGAAGAGAUGAAUGAAAGAACAUUAGAAAAACUUGAUGUGAAACAAACAGAAUUAGAAGCACUGUCUUCUGAGCUAUCAGAAGCACUAAAAAUACGUCAUGAUUUAGAGCAAGAGCUCUCAGAAAUAAAUAGUAAAGUGUGUGAAGCUAAGCAAGAAUUGAAAGGAAGGUUGGAAGAAGAGAGGAAAAAGCACAAUGAAGUGAUUGAAGCAAUGUUAAAAGAGCAUGAAAUGGCUAUUCAAGGUGUUGAGAAGGUACUCAAAGAGGAACUCAACAAGCUCAAACAAUCACUGGAGGAGAAGGACAGACAUUUGGAGGAGUUAAAAGCACAUGAACGGAAAAUGAAGGAAUCUGCAGAAAGAUCUGAAGCUGAACUUGUCCAAGUGUCUGCAAAGUUAGAGGAGCAAAGAAAUGAAAAUAUAUGGAAAGUAACCGCUUUAACACAGCAGUAUGAAUGUCAACUGAAGGACCUAGAAAGAAAGGCUGAUGAGAUGAAGAGAAGUCUGACUGAGAAGGAAAAUGAAAUGGAGCACAUGAAGAAGUUACAGAACAAGCAAGUGGAAGAGCUUAAACAGAAACUGUUAGCUGCAGAGGAGAGAAUUAGUGCUUUACAAGGAGAGUAUGAAAGUAAACUGAAAUGUCAGGAGAAGAAAGUGGAGAAAAUGAAGCAGAAAUCAAAAGAUAUGCAGGAAACUUUCAAAAAUAAACUUGCUGAGCAGGAAGCUAAACUAAAAAAAGAGCUUGAAAACAAGCAGUUGGAAUUCAGUCAGAAAGAGAGUGAAUUCAAUACUAAAAUCUUGGAAAUGGCUCAUGCCAGCUCAUCUGGAAUCAAUGAUGCAGUGUCAAAACUGGAAUCUAAUCAGAAAGAGCAACUAGACAGUCUUGCUGAGGACCACAAAAGGAAAUUGGAAGGAGUAAUCCAAAGUUGGGAAAAGAAACUUAAUCAGCAGAUUGAAGAGCUUAAGGAACAACAUGCUUUGGAACUGCAAGAGAAAGUGCAGGAAGUUGGAGACCUGAAACAGAAGCUUUUCAUCGUCAGUGCUGAAAAGGAGGACUCCAGAACAGAAAUAAUCCAACUGAAGGAAGAACGAGGGAAAAGGGAGGAAUGCCUGAAGGAGUUGCAAGAACAGCUAAGGCAGUCAGUGGCUAAGGUGAAUGCUUUGUCAGAUAAGGAAAGUGACAUGAAAACACAGUUGAAAAAAUUGGAAAGUGAUCUUAAACAGUCCCUGAAACAGCAGACAGGACUUCAGGAACAACUCAGUAAACAGAAAGCAGUUGAAGAGAAGGACAAAGCCACAAUUACUGAGCUGACUGAUAUAUUGAGAACCCUUGAAGAAAAACUCCAAACUGUGCAAUCUUCUCAGUAUAAAGAUCAUAAAAAUUAUGACAAAAAAUCAGAGACAAUUACCCUAAAAGAAAUGGAGUUUAAAAGGUUGUCAGGAGAACUUACAGCCCAGUUAGAUGCUUGGAAGAGUGCUGAAGCUUCAUUGCAAACUAAAGGCGAUGAAUUAAUUGAAAAAUGUAGUGAAAAAAUUGGCAUCAUAACAUGUAAAAUUGCAGACUGUGAGCGCCAAACUGCAAAGGUUAAAGAAGCAAUAUUAAUCAAAACAAGUAAGAUAACUGAACUAGAAGCUCAACUUAGGGAAAUAACGGAGCAUCAUUCUGCUGCUACUACUUCUUUGCAAAAGUCAAUGCAAGAACUGCAGAAGAAGGACAAUUUAAUUAUGUCCAUGAGAGCUGACAUUGCAGGACUUGUAACAGAAAAUAAACAAUUGCAAAAAGAGGGAGAACAUCAGCAGCAAGCAGCAUCAGAGAAAGAAACUUGCAUAACACAGCUGAGGGAAGAGUUAUCUGAAAAUAUCAAUGCUGUCACAUCAAUGAGGGAAGAACUCCAGAAAAAACAGUCUGAAGUGUCUGCUCUCAACAAAACAGUUACUGACCUUAAUGUUAGACUUGAAAGCACAGUAAGUUUAACAGAGAAGGAAGCAGCCAUAUCUCUGUUAAGCAAACAACAUCAAGAGGAUCAGAUGCAGUUGUUAAAUCAAGUAGAAGAGUUAUCAUCCAGAGUUGAGAUGCUGAGUCAAGAAAAAGCAUCAGCUUUUGAUCAGAUAGAUCAUUGCACAGCCCAGCUGUCAGAGUGGAAGAUGAAAGCACAAACCAGGUUUACACAAAAUCAUGAUACUAUCAAAGAUUUGCAGAGCAAACUUGAAUUAAGCAAUACUGAAGCCAGUAAAAAAGAUGAAGAGCUAAAUAAACUGAAGGAACAGCUGGCUAAACAAAGCAGGAAUCUUGAUAGUUUAAAAAGUGAAUUGGAACAAAAGCAAAACAGGAGGGAAAAGGAAGAAAAUGAGUUAACCUCAAAGUUAAAAAAACAAGCAGCAAAAAUUGCUGAACUAGAAAAAAACAUUGCUCAGAAAACCUUAGAAAAUGAUUCCUUGGUGGAGGAACUUAAAAAGUGUAAUGAACAAAAAAACACAGAGAAAAAAGAAAUAGUUUGGCAACUCCAUCAGGCAGAGAAGGUGGCUUUUGAAAAGGAGAAUAGAUUUAAGAAGGCUGAAGAAAAAGUGCUUAAUCUUGAGAAGCAAAUAGGUUCACUGAAAGCUGAUUUUGAAGCAAAAGAGAAGGAAUUUGAUCAAAUUAAGUCAGUGAUACUUAAAAGGAAAGAGGAAGAACUGAAAGAAUUAGAAGAGAGACUGAAUGCAGAGAACAGCACUAAGCUGGCUGAUCUGAAAAAGAAGGCAGAGCAAAAAAUAGGCUCUAUUAGAAAGCAAUUACUGUCUCAGAUGGAAGAAAAGGAACAGCAAUUUAAGCAAGAUAGGUUGGAUCAGUUAAGAAAGUUGGAGCAGAAAUUACAGGAGAGAGAAGCCAAAAUUGAGUCCUUAGAAGAAAAAAUUAAGUCAACAAGAGAUUCCCCAGAAUUAGAGAAGGAGAUGCUGGAAAAAGUAGAGAGUGUAAAAGCUGCUGUAGAACAAGAAAAAAAUAACUUACUUGAGAGUGUCCAACAGACAUACAAAGAGAAAAUUCAGGUAUUACAGAAGGGCUUAACGGAAAAAGAUGCAUUAUUACAGAAGUAUGAGAAAGAACAACAAGAGAGUAAUGACUGUCACCUAGAACUGCAAAACAAACAAAAAGAACUCAUUAAAAAACUAGAAUGUGUUGAGAAGAGCCAUCAGGAAGAGCAGGUUAGGACCAAAAGUCUCAGGAGAGAACUUGACGAGCAAGCCAAAAAAUAUUCAUUGUUAGCGGAUGAGCAUGCAUGUUGUGGCAGUAUUUUAGCAAGCAGUAGGGAAGAAUUGAAAGUUAAAGAACAAAAAUAUCUUGAUAUGGAGAAUAUAAUUGGAGACUUACAGAAAAAAUUGCAGGAGAAGGAGGCAGUCAGUCAGUCUUUAGAACAGAAGAUAAAAGAGUUGGAAAAUAAUGUAGUGAAGAAAAAUGAAAUGCUGAAGAUUGAGAUGGAAGAUAUGACUUCAAGAUAUGAAGAAAAGCUAAAAUGUCUACAGCAACAGUUGGGUGAAAGAAAUGACAGUCUGAAAGCUUUUGAGGAAAAUGCUGCAGAAAAGUCAAGAUCUGUUUUGGAGCUGCAGAAGUUACUUGCUGAUAUGCAGAACCAGCAGAAGGACUUACAGACUAAACUGGAAGAGACUGAAGGGGAGAAACAGAAACUACGCAAAGAGGUGAAUAAUCUUCAAAAAGACAUACGUACUUUGCGAAAGGAACAUCAGCAAGAGCUUGACAUAGUAAAGAAGGAGUCAUUAGAGGAAAUGGAGCAAAAAAUCAGAUGUGAACAAGAAGACAUUGAGUUAAAGCACAACUCCAUCUUAAAGCAGUUAAUAAGAGAGUUCAAUACUCAGCUGGCUCAAAAAGAGAGAGAAUUGGAAACAGCAGUAAAAGAAACAAUCAGUAAAGCCCAGGAGGUAGAAAAUGAAUUGAUAGAAAAUCAUCAUAUGGAGACAACACAGUUGCAUAAAAAAAUUGUUGAAAAAGAUGAUGAUCUGAAAAGAACUGUGAAAAAAUAUGAAGAAAUCCUUGAGACUCGUGAAGAAGAGAUGACAGCAAAAGUUCAUGAGUUGCAGGCACAGCUGGAAGACUUGCAGAAGGAAUACAAACAAAGGAUUGUGGAAGAGGAACAUAGCAACAGUGAAAAAGUCACAAUAACAGAACUAAAGGCACAACUUGCACAGAAGACAACUCUAGUCAAUGAUUCAAAACUGAAGGAGCAGGAAUUGAAAGAGCAGAUUCAUAUACUGGAAGACCAGCUGAAACAUUAUGAGAAAAAUAUGUAUGUCACAUCAGGUGGAACACCAUAUAGAGAUGGAAACCUUCACCAUACUGACGUUUCCCUAUUUGAGGAACCCACUGAGUUUGAAUACUUGAGGAAAGUGAUCUUUGAAUACAUGAUGGGUCGUGAGACAAAGACAAUGGCCAAGGUUAUAACAACAGUGCUGAAGUUCCCAGCAGAUCAGACUCAGAAGAUACUAGAACGAGAAGAUGCUCGACCAGUGUUUGCCUCACCUCGCAGUGGUAUCUUUUGAAUAUGCCACCAGUCUGUGUUUAGCUAGCAUGUGGUUGUGGCUACGACCAUCUUGAAGAUUUUGUGAUGAGAAUGUCUCAUGACAUUGCUGCUUAAAAUUAGGUUUAUACCUGUUGCCUCUUGAGAAGGGACAAGAAGAAAAGCUGUUGUUCAAGAUCACAAACAGAACAGCAAGAACCAAAACUCAGCACCACUUUUGGACUGUGAAUAUAAUCUACUGCCUUGGCAGAAAUGCUAAUCAGGGGUUAUUUGGUUAUUUCUCUUUGAUUGAAUACCAUCUUCUAUUUUGUGUUAAAGGUUAUUUUUUUAAAGGAGAGAAAAAACUUUAUCCUAGGAAAGAAUUGCCUGCUACUGUAUCUCUAUACAGGUUUUACUGGGUGUUUUCUAAAAGUUAAAAUAAAUGAUUUGUUUCUUCUAUUUAUUUUUUUUUAAUUUUUGAUUGAAUUGUGCAAUACAUUUUGGAUGGAUAGCAAUUGAGGUGAUUUUUCUGAUGAAUUAGACAGUCUUGUUGACUAUUCUCACCUGAUUUGAUCUUGAUUGUUUGCUAGAAGGUCACUUCUAUAUGCUUUUGCCUACAAUAAAUCCAAAUUGCAGCACCUCGUUUGUUUACUCCUAGCUUUUGUACUUAUAUUUUCUGAAUAAAAGGUGUGUUCCUGUAAAUUGUAAAUAGUUACUACAUAACUGUAUCAUACGCUGAUCUGUGACUGUUGACAGCACUAAUAUGAAUAGAGCUGAGAUGAAAUAAAGUUUAUAUACUGUAUAAUUUUGGAACAA